UUCACCUGGAUCCAUCCCAAAACAUCCCACCCUUAAGGAGUAAACGUGUGCUGUGUUCCUGGUAUAAAACCAGGCCUGGUCAGUAUGCAGACCAUUCUUGUGACUACAGACAACCCUGCUUCUAUAGCUAUCGUUACGUGUGUCACUGUGGACCUUUCAACAAUUUUCCAAGAUGAUGUGGAUGAAAGUCUGUAUCGUACUGUUGAGCUGUGCUGUACUUUCUCACGGUGACUGUGGAGGGACAGUGACAGGUACGGAGGGGACUAUCUCGUCCCCAGGGUACCCAGCGUCCUACCCUGGGAACCUGCACUGCACCUGGACGCUACCAUCCCGCGGGGGGAGCCUGACUCUCACGUUCUCAGACUUCCAGCUGGAGAGACCGUUCGGCCUGUUCGCUUCCCAGUGUAACUAUGACUACGUAGAGGUCCUAGAUGGUGACUCUUUGGUCGGGAGAUGGUGUGGCGAGGACAACCCGGGCACGUUCACGUUUGAGCGGAGGACGGCGCGGGUGCGCCUGGUGUCGGACCCCAGCAUCUCACGGCGGGGAUUCAGCCUGCAGUGGACCCUCGACGGCGUGGCGCCACCUUGCGGCGGAGUCAUGGACGGCACAUUCGGAGAGAUAACUACUCCACGCUAUCCGUUGAACUACCCCAGUUCCCAGACCUGCACGUGGACCAUCCCGGCACAGGGAGGACAGAUCAUCGCCAGGUUUCUGGAUUUCGUUCUGGAGAAAGGGAAUUCCUGUCAAUACGACUACCUGGAGAUCGCAAUCGGUGACGAGGCACCAAGGCGCCAUUGUGGGGACGAUUUUCCACCGGAAAUCACAUCGUAUUCUGACGUCACUCUACAUUUUGUCAGCGACGCAAACAAAGAAGAGAAGGGAUUUCAGCUGUUUUACAGUAUCCAGCCUGUGUCAAACGGCGGCGCGGCGGGGGGCGACUCAGACUCUCCACAUACCCCGUCUCCGACUGCUGAUGCGGAUCAGUCAUAAACGGUUAACUGUUAACAGUCUGAAUAUAAACUGGACGGUGGAAUCAGUCUAUUGAGGGAUAUUGCAGAUUUGCUGACACCUGUUUGGCAAAUAGUAGCCAACCUUGUCUAACUUAUUUCGUCACUUACAAAACGUUUUUUUUUUAACAUACAAAAGGCUAUAACCAGUAUUCUCAAUUCCCCGAUUACACUCCCCUCCCUAAUUAUUUGUUGAUCAUUAUCAACUAUUG